AUGGCUACUGUACCUGUUUGGUCGAUAACGCUUUCAUUGUGGUUGCUUUUCUUCAAAUAUUUACCAACUGUUGAAUCAACGUGGAACUGCUCUUUAAAAGUUCAAACGUACUACGGUAAGUGGGGAUUGGCCAACGAGGCAGUUUCUCCACGAAGCAUCAAUCAAACACCUUUUCAAAUAUACUUGGCUUGCUCAUUACAAUUAAUCAACGUUUAAAAUUAUUAUUAUUUCAUGGGUGACAAAUUACUCCUUAAUUCUGGCACGAAAUUUCAGCUUUAAUUUAUUAUUUCGCACGUGAAAUUGCGAAAUUCCCAUGGCAACCUUCCGUAAGCCUCAGUGCCAAGAUGGCGACGAAUUUUUCAAAUGUUUUUAAUGAAGAUGUCAAGGCAUUAAGGUGACUCGACCCAGUUUUUUUGGGGGGGUACCAUCCUACUUUGAAGCUCUCUGGUAUCCCCACCUUUGCUUUUAUCGUAAGUCUAACACAUAGAAUGGAUAACAUAUAGAUCAAUCUACAAUAUAACAUAAAAUUUUUGGCGAUCGGAGUAAAUAUCACGUGGUUAUAAUGCCACGCCCCUUUGAGGUCUGAGUCGAAAAUCUGCUGUUACCGGCAUUUUUUCGUGAAAAUCUCUCUGCUACACAUAGUGCGCAUUAGUGCCUUGCGCUGAACAGAGUUUCACCAAAAUUGCAAAGACCCAAUUCGAGAAAUUCAGCGGUUUCCAAAUUUAGGUCAUAAUUUAUGCGAAAAUGGUAAGCAAACUUUACACGGAUUAUAUCUUAUAAACUAUGAGACUGAUCUCUUUAUUUUUGGCAUCCUUAUAACAGAUGGGUCCUUGCAAGUCAGCAAAACGCUUUAGGGCCUUGUAGAUGCGUGCGAUUUCGAGCAAAGAAAACAUAUAGAAAUUAUAGUUUUCGCUAUUUGUUAACGUUUGUCAGCGUCUAACAGUCCUUCUCACGAAAAAAGCAUUUUCUUAACAAUUUGUAGUUUUUUUUCCUUCAAAUUUUUUCAGGGCCACAAUUGAUUAACUAACUACCCGGACUCUGAAUUUCAUGGUCAUUGAAAAACUGUGACAUUAUCUUCUAUAAGCCCAAAAUUGAGUAAACAUUGAAGAUUUUUAGCGUUUUGGCUGAGUUUGUGCUUUGGGAGUUGUCUAUUGUUUCUAGUCUGUCAUGAUAUAGCAUUCUUGUUCAGCACGCGUGCAAUGACCGCGCUUGGCUGACUUCCGAAUGCUCACCGAGAUAUUAUAAUUUUGGUACAGUGAGACAGGCCAUCGCGUGAUACAUAGAGGUUUAACUCACAAUUUUUAAUCAAUUGUCGUGCUUCUUGUGCCUUUGCAAAAAAAUCAAGAAGUGCUACACACUAAAUCUACUUACUAUUAAAAAAUAUCAUUUUUUCAUAGGUUUAAUGCAAGCCAAUAAUUAAACCAACUCGUGACGGGAGUAUCUCGAUGAGCAUUCGGAAGUCAGCCAAGCGUGGUCAUUGCACGCGUGCUGAACAAGAAUGCUGUAUAAUGACAGACUAGAAACAAUAGACAACUCCCAAAGCACAAACUCAGCCAAAACGCUAAAAAUCUUCAAUAUUUACUCAAUUUUGGGCUUAUAGAAGAUAAUGUCACAGUUUUUGAAUGGCCAUGAAAUUCAGAGUCCAGGUAGUUAGUUAAUCAAUUGUGGCCCUGAAAAAAUUUGAAGGAAAAAAAACUACGAAUUUUUAAGAAAAUGCUUUUUUCGUGAGAAGGACUCUUAAACGCUGACAAACGUCAACAAAUAGCGAAAACUAUAAUUUCUAUAUGUUUGCUUUGCUCGAAAUCGCGCGCAUUUACAAGGCCCUAAAGCGUUUUGCUAACUUGCAAGGACCCAUCCGUUAUAAGGAUGCCCAAAAUAAAGAGAUCAGUCUCAUAGUUUAUAAGAUAUAAUCCGUGUAAAGUUUGCUUACCAUUUUCGCAUAAAUUAUGACCUAAAUUUGGAAACCGCUGAAUUUCUCGAAUUGGGUCUUUGCGAUUUUGGUGAAACUCUGUUCAGCGCAAGGCACUAUUAUAACCACGUGACAUUUACCCCGAUCGCCAAAAAUUUUAUGUUAUAUUGUAGAUUGAUCUAUAUGUUAUCCAUUCUAUGUGUUAGACUUACAAUAAAAGUAAAUGUGGGGAUACCAGAGAGCUUCAAAGUAGGAUGGUACCCCGAAAAUAAAACUGGGUCGAGUCACCUCAAGGUGGCUCCGUAAUUAAUACAAGAGCAUUUAGCUGUGACAAACUUUCCAUCAUAACUUUUUCGAUUUUAACCCGAUGGCUGCGAAACUUUGCAAAAAACAACAGAUAUCAUUCGGCAAUAAUACGAAAUAUUCCGAUUUCAUUGAUGGUAAAUAUUUCUUGAGAAAUUAGCGCUUAAAAGGACCCUACUGUUCAAAGAAAAUCGCGUCUAGUAAAAACAUUUUGCUGAUAUUUUUUACUGAAAUUUCUGGUAUCGGCUUUAAUUGAUAUAAUAAAUAUGCCAGAGGAAUUUCAGAAGAAUCGUUGGAGCAGAAGUCCGUAACUAAAAGUCGCUCAAAAUUCAGCUGUGAAAUUGUUUUGGAAUUUCAAAAAUAGAUUACUAUCAGGAAGAAGGAGACACUAUUAAGUUUCAAUUUUCGGGACAAGUAAAUUCAGUGUUUGCUAAUUCUAAAAACAGAAGCCGAUUGCCUAUCGUGCUAUUCUUUAAAAGGUACUUUUCAUUGUCGUCAUCAUUGUCGCUUGUCCCCCCUGGGUGAGGUGCGAAUUCCUCGCAGAAUUGCCGCUCGUGCUCAUUUUGUAGUCAUAAACAAAGGUGCUGGACAGUUCUAUCUGAGCUCUGAUACGAGGUAGCGUUCAAUCUCAAUACUUUUUUCCUGAGUUGGAAGCAACGAACAGCAGUAAAAAUCAUAGAAAAUGCAUUGCAAUACAUCAAAAUGUAUGCAGCAGGAGUUUGAGCCAAAACUGCCGAGGGAUAUUUUAAAACUGUCGAAGAACGAGUCAUUCUACUUCAGGGCAAGGUUUGGAGCAAUUUAUAGUGCUUCUAAAACUAAAAAGUACCUUUUAAAGAAUAGCACGAUAGGCAAUCGGCUUUUGUUUUAAGAAUUAGCAAACGUUGAAUUUACUUGUCCCGAAAAUUCAAACUGGUGGUCGCCUCUACAAAGUCUACAAAAUGGCUAAAGGCCAAAACUGUACUGACCAGCCAAACCCGGACAAAAUAAAUAAGUCCCAUAGAGGGAAAACAGCGUUUUGAUUGGACUCCUGAGAUGCAAAUCGCACUCAUUCCAGAUGGUGUUAAGAGUGGGCAACUGAAGAAUUCAUAUAUCCCGGCCAACGCCCUGAGAUUCCCUCUCUAUGGAAUCCCAUUACUCUUAUUCCUGACCUUGACUUAAUCAUUUUUUUCAUUAUUAUUUACUAGUGUAUUAUUACAGAAGUUACUAUUGCUACAAGACAUCCAGUAGUUACACUCCUCGAGUGCCAUCCAUUGAAGGACAAGAUAUUGCCUUGCUGGAUGGCCACUCCUCCAGGAGCAACAAAGUUACAAAGUGUGCACAGGCUGCCAUGGGCAGGGGCUAUAAAUACUUCGCUUUGUUCGAUAAUGGAGAAUGCAGAUCCUCCUGGACAAAGAGUGAUUACUCUUACUACGACUAUGAGAGGACAACCAAUCAGUAUUGCUACUACUACUGUUAUUAUUAUUGUUACAGUAGGUGCUACUAUUAUUUGACGAAAUGUGGAAACGGAUAUGGUAGCUCUACAAAGAUGAACGUCUACACUUUUGACUACGGUAAGAUAGUUUAUCAGUAGAGACCUUUAGAUUCUAAGAAGGGGACCAAUAUGAGAACCAAUAAGAUUUUCUCUAUACUACGUAGUGCGCGCACGUGAACCAAGGUUGUUUUACCGAGAAAACGUGGUAAGCGUCGUAAUUCUCCGUUGAAUUUAAGCGAAAAUGUCGUAGUGACGGGAACAAUUUGUCAAAUGUUAGAAGUUUUAUCAUUUUGACAUCGGAAGAGGACUCAACCUCCCUGUUUAAAAAUGUCCUUGUCUGGUGAAAAAGAAGUAAAAUAAAUGUUUCCGAGGUGUCUUGUUUUUCUUUAUAAAAAGUUUCUUGCUUCGGAAAACAUUCGGAAAAAAACCUUGAAGUCAAAUCUUGUCCUCAAACGUCGGUGUCCUCGAAUCUAAAGGUCUUUAAUAGGCCCUUUGAAGCUUUAUAUAUCUAUCUAUUUAUCUAUUUAUUUAUUUAUUUAUUUAUUUAUUUAUUUAUUUAUUCAUACACAGGAAAUCAUUAGAUAGUAUGUGUAAUCAAAUGGUGACGAGUGAAAUUAGGGAAUAAUUUCACUUGCGUUUUGUCCAAAUUCUAAUAAUUUCCCUAGCCUAAAGGCUCUGGAAAUUAUAAGGAUUUGGACAAAACGCGCGUGAAAUUAUUCCCUAAUUUCACGAGUAUACCAUUUGAUUACCUAUUAAUAUCAUAGGUGACGAAUUACGUUCGCAAUCUUGGAUUUUUGAUAUGUUUAUCCUGGAUCGUAUCGAUCGAGAACUCCACUCUCUCAAACGUUUAGAGCUUAAAUUUGGCUUAAGUUCAGAAUUUUUCGACAAAACACCUGUUAGAAUCCUUCUUGAUGUGCUCUUUCGUGUGUUCAGGUUUUCUAAAGCGUCUUUUUUAUGCCCUGGCAUCCUCAUUUACGACAUUUUAAAACUUCUUCGCCAUCUUGACACUGAGACGUGCAGAAGGUUGCCAUGGCAAUUUUGUCAUUGCACAUGUGAAAUUACAAAUUAUCACUGAAAUUUCGCGCCAAAACUAAGGAGUAAUUCGUCACCUAUGAUAUUAAAAGUAUAAUUAUUCUAAAUAAAUAUAAACUACUUAAACCAAACUGAUUUUAAUGAUUGCCGUGUGGGAGCCUAAAGAAGAAUAGUAAGUUACAAACAUCUUUGUAGAAACUUCCAAACGGUUUAUUAUGUUCCGUAAUUAUAAGAUCUCGAGACAGUGAAUUCCAACGGGCAGCACCACUUUAGGAAAAGCUGCGCUUCAGGUUCUUGGCUUAAGGUGGCUGAACACAGUUUUGCGGGCGGUCAGCGGUAAUUCGCGGGAGGGCGCGUGUUUUGUGACAAUGAACAACCAUCGCGGCGAAAAAGCAAUGAAACACAGAAGACGAUUUCUCAAAAUCUACUCAUUAAAAUUUUGUGAUAUUUGGCAUAAUUUUUACUUUUAACGUAUUUAAAAUAAUGAGAACUUUAAAAUGGAAGUUGAACAGACGAAUUUUGCGACACAUUUAAUAAAUAUAGUACAAUUAACAUUUGGUCAAAUAAGUUUCAAAUGGUAAUAAAAAGUUAUUGUAAGCUGUGUGCAAGUUUAUAGGAAAAUCUAAUGAGCGGAUUUUAUGUAAACUGAACAAAAGUGAAAUUGAAGGUUGUAUUCAGUCGUUCAUGCUGCCAUAGAAACUAUGAAAACGUGACAUUUUACCUGUCAAUUAAAAUCUUUCAUCGUUAUAUUUUUCACUUGCCAAGUUUCCGCUUGUGAGCUUCAACCUUUCUCUUGCUAAGGUUUGGCAAAUGAAAUAUACUCAUGAACUGCUAAAACUGUGUUCAGCCACCUUAAGCAAUGCAAGUUUGUAACUUACUGAGUUUCUUAAAUCACAAUAAGCAUUAAUUGAAUUUUGCGAAACAUUUCGUGGAGAUACAUCGAAGAAAGGUUAUGUAAAGAACUGAAAAAUCAUGAUGGCCUUGAGCUUUUGUCUCAUCAACCUAUCCCACCCCAGAGCGUCUAGAAGUAGAGUAGAACUAAAUUCAUGUGACUCGAUUUUGUUCCAGGUAACGAGAUUUAUAUCAUGCCAAAAUUAUGAGAUUAAAGUCUGAAAACUUAAUAUAUAGUCAUACAAAAUCAUGCAAAUAUUCAGUUCAAAAUUUUCCCAAGGGCACACUUAAAAUUGAAUAAUCGCCGCUCUGUUUGGUGUGCGGCUCUCGUCUUUGUUUUUGUUAGUUUUGUUUGUAAGUAAAUUUUCCUAAAUGAAUAAAUAAAUAAAAAUUCUCAAGAUUGAAAUAGCAUAAAACAAAUACUGGGUAUGACAAUUUUUAGGUUUUAUAAGCUCUAAACAGUGCGACUUUAUGGUGGUCCCAUGGUGGCGAGUCGCUGGACCUAUGCUGAGGAGUAUACUAAAGAAAUGUGAUUGAAAUUCUCAUCAGUCAGAAAUGAUCAUGAGUAGUAGUCAAUUCCUAUUGUUUUAUACUACUACAUGAGAAAUUUAUGCAAUUUGAUUGGCUUAGAGCAGUGGUAUUUCAGCUUAAUUAGAAAUACCUACAUGUGAAAAUUACAAACCUUUUGCGGGUAGUAGUAUAAACAAAUAAUAGCAUGAUUUGUACGUGAUAUUUGGCAAAAAUACCACUCAUGAUAUUUCAAAAUUGUCUCAAAUUUCACUCGACUAACGGCUCGUGAAAUUUCGUAUAACAAUUUCGAAAUAUCACUCGUGGUAUUUAUGCCACAUAUCACUGCAAAUCAUGCUAUUACCUAUACUAAUUCCCGUCUGUCUCGGAGUUAAGUAUGAAGUCUGCUAAUAAUUACUCAAAAUUAGUCUGUUUGAUAAUAGAUGGUCGUCGCUUUUCUCCACCCAAAAAGAAACGAUCUUGCGUGAGUUCUCGUGAGGUAGUUCUUGGUUUUUAAGAGCUAAAAGGUGAUUGGCUAGUAACGUCUGAGAGGCUCGGGUUCGUGGACGUUACUUUUUGGAUCGAGAGAGAAGCGACGACCGGAAAUACGUCUGCGUUCGUAAGCUGGAUAGUAGCGGCAACGACUUACUAAAGGAAUCGGCAUGACGUUUACCUCGUGACCUGUCUUGAAUGACUAUUAAGGGGACAGUACGGUUAAAAGCAUUAUUUUUCGUUGAUUUCCACCCUUUUUCUUAAAUAUCCAGCCAAGAUUUCAUUCAAUCUAAAAAAAAUGACUCAAUUAAGUUACAGUCCUUAAUUCAAUAAUUAUUUGGGGAAAUGUUUAAAAUUUUGGGAAAAUAGGAAAUAUUGGAUUUGGGGGUUGUUAAAAAUUGAAAUAUGAAGUGAAUAAUAAGUAGACAAUUACUAGAUAGUCCACCACCACAACAACGUGCCUCUGAUCCCAUUAGUAUAGGUAAUAGCAUGAUUUGUAGUGAUAUUUGGCAUAAAUACCACGAGUGAUAUUUCAAAAUUGUCAUACGUAAUUUCACGAGCCCUUAGGCGAGUGAAAUUUGAGACAAUUUUGAAAUAUCACAAGUGGUAUUUAUGCCAAAUAUCACGUACAAAAUAUGCUAUUAUUUGCUUAUACUACUACCCACAAAAGGUUUGUAAUCUCCACAUGUAGGUAUUUCAAAUUAAGCUGAAAUACCAUUGCUCUAAGCCAAUCAAAUUGCAGAAAUUUUUCAUGUAGUAGUAUAAGCGGAUUAGCUGGUUUAUGUGUAUAUCUUUUCUACCCAAAUUUAUUUCCUUCCCAAAUCAACAUCAUUUCCCCCAAAAACCAUCCGUAAUGCCCCCUUAACAUUUUCUUAACAAAUUACAGACUACGACGUCAUGAUAUGGAUCAGGAUCCAAAAGAACAAUUUCACAACUUACUUUGACAUGUUUGACGCAAGUUCCCCAGAUUACGUGAGUGUAAACGGCAACAUUUCUUCGUGGGUAAGUUGCUUUUUGUUAUUUGACGAUUAGGGCACUUAUGUACUUAUGAAAAUAAAACAUUUCGAAAAAAAUUCACAUUAGUGCCAUUAUUACGUCUUUCUGCACUGUUUUGGAACAAGCUGAUCACGCUGGAUAGGCCUAGCUUGCCAACGCAGCCACAUUUCUGGUCCGGCUGCUUCCACUUGAAGAGUGUAAAGAAAAGAAAAAACAGAAAAAGUCGUCUCCUCACCCAAACUAAGACAAGCCUGACUAUUAGAAUUCUCUUUAAGGAGGCUCUUUCACGGUUGUCCAGUUCAUUUGUUUAAAAAGUCAGUUGCGUGUCCUUACUUGCUGUGAAACCUGCGAAAUUACUCUUCAGUGACAGAAUGAUAACUUUCUGUUCAACAAAUGUGUUUCCCAAGCACUACAUCAAACGUUUCAAACAACAAAAAUGAUAGACUUUAAAAUACUGCUAGUUAAAGACCGAGGAGAGAAGGCUGUAUUCGCAGGUUGACUGUAACAUAAACGUCUCGUUAAUUGUUUGCAGCUUGUAGAGAUGCUAGACACACAGAAGAUUUGUGGCGUUGGCACAUUUACACUUCAGUGGUUCAGGUGAGUUCAUUAUAUUUAGGAUUAUGGUUCGUACGGCACUGGACAAAUUCACGAUCCUCAGGCCAUUUAAGGCACGACUAUCUAAUUAAAUAUGCACAUUUUGAUAAAAUGCUAUUUAGAACGGUUUUCUUCUAUCUAUAAUCCUGAAAAUUGGACCACUAAUAUAAUGUAGCUUAAUGGCCUUAGCAAUAAGAGAUAUUUUAGACGUUCAAAUUUUUGUCACGUGACUUAUAAUUGAGAAUUAACGAUCAAAAUAUUUACUCUUAAAUGGGGAAAGGAUAGUGAAAGAGCAACAAGUUCUUUUAGGUAUAUUUUAGACGCUAAAAAGGUUUCUGAACGAUUCGCCUUGUAUGUGUGUUGAUACGGAUGAUAUAGGAAUUGGUAAAUAAAGGGAAAAGGGUCACGUGACUUGUUAAUUAGUUAAAUAGCUAACAGGAUAGAUAACAUUUCCAAUCAUACAAUGCGAAUUUACGAUUUACACUGUUUAUGUAACAUUUUGGGGGUGAAAAUUCGUACGAUUAAGGUUUGCAACCAUUCUCCGUUUAGAAAAACAUGUUUUGUGACAUCAUUGACGAAGCAAUGUCACAUGGUAUUCAAAAUCACGUUUCACGUUUUUUUUGUCUUCCUUUCGUUGAGCCACAUUCGUAGUUCACUUUUCAGUAUCACUGAUGGAAACAAACCGGUUAAAAUAGCAUUUAACAAAAUAUGGCUGCUUAAUUAGGUAGUCAUAUGUUAAGUGGCCUGAGUCGGUUAAAAAAUUUGAGCGGGCACUUCCAUCACGAUGAUCGAACCGUACGAUAUUUUUGCUCUCACACUGAGCUGAAGAAAUAGCUUGAAAUUUAACUCUUGUUCAGAGUUUUUAGCAUCUGCUCAAACGAAAAGCGCUGCUUUAGCAUAAUCCAAAAUGGUGUCUUCCUGCUGAGUUACCAGGCACCUAUAGAGUCACGUGUUUGCAUAACAAAACAACAGACGGGCAGUAGACGCAUUGAAAGGCACCAAUGACAUUCCGAGUCUUCAAAGCCAAUAACAUCACGUCUUAACUGACAGACGACCAAUAACAUUGCCACUUAAUUGGUCAAUUUCUUUUGCCCUUGGCACCUGUAUGUGCUCGAAGCUAAUCGGCUUAUUAAUUAUAUGCGUCUUGGACGAUUGAUUAAAGUCUUGCGUUGCUUUUAGAUUCUUACUACACUUCAACGCUGUAUCUCUAAAUUUAAUUAAAUGUCGACGAGUAAAAUUUUAAAAAAAUAUUUGCAUUCAUGUUUAGUCAAAAAAUUCUUAUAAUUUUCUGAACCUUUGAUUAGGCAAAUAUUUCACCAACGAUAUAAUUUAUAUUACUGUGUUUACCGAUGCUAGACUUAUAUAUUGUAGGAAGGGGAUAAUAUUCCCUUUUUGUUUUAUCUUUAAGACCUGAGACACCCUCUACAUCGGUCGCACACUACCUUUUUCCGACGAGCUUUCAGGACAUUGGCCACAUUGCUGAUCAGCUGAUUGGUCAAACUCCUUCGGGGUUUCAAGCCGAAAUCAUCGAGGUGCAACAAAAAAGCGGUACGUGUCAGCAAAAACUACCGUCAAAUAUGCAGAUUAAGAUUAACCGUCAAAAAGUUUUCAGGUAUUUCAAAUCUAACUAUUUCAGCUGUUCUUACGGUAUUUUGACUUCUGGAGAACUUCUGAACUGAAAUUAGUCAGUUCCCAUGUUCUCAAAAACCCUCUUUCUAGAUAUUGCAAUACCUUACAACCUACUUAUACAUGAAAAUAUUUCCAAAUUAUGUAACUAAAAGGCCAAGAAACCUCUAAAACACAACAGUUUCUAUCAAUUUAUAAAGAAUUUGUUAUUUACGUUAACUUUUGGACUAAAUUUCCACUUAACAACCAUCAACCAUCAAAACCUCCAAAAUUUAUCCGUCAACCGUCAAAAUUGGAAAAAAAUUAACAGUCACCCUUCAAAGCUACCAGCCGUGCUGGAUCCUGACACCUUAAGAUAAGGGGUGGGGUAGGGGGGCGGUCAUCGAGACCCUUAAAUAAGUUGGGGGGGGGGUCUGUUCUCAAAAAAAGGCGCUCCUUCGGGCCUCGGUUUGGUCUUAAAAUAAGGGUGCGGCCCCCCGGGCUCCUCCCCUGGACCCGCCACUGACCACACCAUUGAGACCCUCUAAUAGGCCAUUUCUGAAUUGCCCCAAGCCUUAGGCUCGAUUUCCGCCGUCUCCCGGGUCCGGUCUUUGAUCCUCCCCGGGGGAUGAGUGCGGGCUCAUUUUCCCGAACAGCGGCUGGUAAUCGAGCCUACCCAAGCCUCUGUUUCACAGCGAUAGUUUUUUCUACGCCAUUAUGAAAAUGGAACUUAUUUUCAGAAAAGAGGUUUUGCACUUGGCCUCAGUUCGAAAGUGAGACUCCUUGGAGCACGGAAAUGACCCAUUGUACAUCCAUCAGAGUCAAACUUCUCGAUUGUGUCAGACACCUUACAAUUUAAGUAGCUUCCGCUUUGAGAGGAAAAAUUUAUGUAGUUUGGAUUCUGCCAAAAAAUAGAACAAUAUGACGUCAUAAUGAAGUUAAAUAACGUCAUUGUGUCAAUUGAAUUAAGCCUAGAUGUUAUUCUGUGUAAUUUUGGUUAUCCUAUCAAAAGGGGUUUUGAAGUUAUAGAGGACGGGGGUGGACGGUCGCUGCAAGCUAAAAAAAAGCCUGGUCUGAAUAGGGUUACAAGUACUGAGUUCGUCGAAACUUCUCUAUUCAGCACCGGAUCCAGACCUUGAGAUAACGGGGGACGGGGAGGGGGCGGUCAUCCAUACUCUGAGAUAAGGUGGGGGGAGGUCUCCAAAAAUUUUUUUCGGCCCCUUCAGGCCUCUAAAAAUAAGAGGCGGAAAGUGGGCCCCCCGGGCUCCUCCCCUGGAUCCUCCAUUGCUAUUAUUCCUUUUUGCGUCAGUUUUUUUCUAUUAUGUUUGUUUGUUUUCUUUAGUACCAGCUGCAUAAAUCUAGCUACCAUUUUGUGGGAAGCAAUUCCUCGGUAAUAUCAUUUGCUGAAAGGGAAUAUGUUUCUGUUGAUGGUAUCAUCCGCUCCCCUGGGUGCUCUAUGCUGCAGGAACAUUUACCGGUUUACGCCUCUACAUCAACCUUAAAGCUAAAAGCAUUAACGCAUAUUCAUUCUUUUGCUGCCUACAGGACGGUGUUAUUCAAACAAUCCUUAUGUUAAUGCCUACAUUUCAUUUUCUACAAGCUACAAGUCUCCCACUGUUUACAGGAAAGCUGACACUCACUACAUUUAUGGAAACAGCUACUUUUACUGUUCAUAUUCUAAGAGUUACAAGUGGGAAUUCUAUCUUCUAGAAUCGGUCAGUGUCUAAUUAUUAAUUAUUAUAUAUAUUACUCUAUAGCUACGUUCUGUGAACAAUUAAUAGAACAAAACACAUUCUCAUUAUUAUCUUGGGGUAUAUAUAUAAGUUACGAGUGACUUGAUCUUUCUCAAACACACACGCCUUUUACAGGUAACCCUUGAAUAUAGCGGAGCUCCAGCACGCGAAGUGUGCGCAGUGGAGCACCAUGGGUAAUUAAGUCCAAUCUAUGCAGUGCGUGCAUUCGCACGUACGUACAUUCGCCCCCUCAUGUAAUCGGAUGUGAAAUGUCAAACUUACUUGCUUGGAUUUUAAGGUAUACAGUCUUUGGUUAACUUGAUACUGGACAUCUAUGUUAUGGUCGAUUUACAGCUGUUAAGAAAGGUUAUCUGUUGACCAGUACCACGUGACUGUAUCACGGGCUCAGGUUUACAGUUCGUUGAAGUGAUGCGUUUUUAAGUUCUCCGCUGACCAGUUCUUGGUUUUCAAUCGAGGUUUAUUAUUUUCUAAGAGAAAUGCAGGUUAUCUCUUGUGUGCAACGAAAGUCGAAUUACCUCGGGAAAAAAAAAGAAUUUAAAAUCUCACCGAAGCUUCACUUUUGACCUUGGCUAAAUCUGUAUAUUAUAAUGAGUAAUGACGUCAUAAGUGGGAAGAGAAAGAGGCUGCGGCAGCAGCGAGAGUGCUCGCCAACCGCUCAUGCGACCCGAUUUAAAUCAAGGAAACGACGCUAUACGUUGAGUUUUAACUAACACCCUGUCUACACGAGAACCAAGAACUUGUGUAAGAAAUGAGUAGACUCUAAAAGACGAUACAUUUACUUUCGGGCCUUCAAUAAAGCUUGUGGAUAAUUGACGUAACUAAUGAAGCUUGACUUCCCUGUAACAUUACCCUUAAAUGCAACCAUAUUGCCAAAAUAUUUUUCAUUCAUUUAUUCAUUCAUUAUAUGAACUACCGUAAAAUUCCGAAAAUAAGCCACGGGACUUGUAUUUUUCAAAGGCCCUUUUUGAGGGGCUUAUUUUUGGAGGGGCUUACAUUCGGAGGGGCUUAUCUACGGAGUGAAAUUUGUGUUUCCAAAUCGAUUGGGCUAGCUUUAUAUUUGGAAGUAAAUUUAGCGUUUUUGCUUUGUUUUACCUUGUAUUUGAGGGCAGUUUUCCAAGUUCAAGCCCCCGGAGGGCUUAUAUUUGGAGGGGCGAUUUAACGGAGGGUUUUUUGCGUUACCGGUUUGGGAGGUUUAUACUUGGAGGGGCUUAUACAUGGAGGGGCUUAUUUUCGGAAUUUUACGGUAAAUUGUUUACACAUGUUUAUUUUAGGACAAUGUAACAAUAGGCGCAAGCACAACUAUGAGUACGAGUGAAUCAUGGUAUCUCAACGCACGGACUUUGCUAUACGGACUCUACUUUGUACAGUUCACAGCCCAGAGCUCAACCAAUCCACGACAGAUUGGCUACGACUACGGUUUCCUUAAGAUCGUUGAAGGUCCUUUGUAUGCCUAUAUAUCUCAAGGUUCUUAUGCUGUGUAUAUAGAAAAACGAAGCAUGACGCUGGACGGUUCAGACUCCUACGACCCUGACUUUUAUGAGACGCCAGGUAGGCCGUGAGGAUAAUAUUGACCGAAACUGAGGCACAAGAGAAGUGCUCAUUACCAAACACAGGGAAAUGGCCAGUAACGUACUCAUGUGCACAGCCAUUUCAUUCGGACAGUGUACUAAACUAUUUUAGCCACCACAUAUGUACGGCGGAUCUGUCGUCAAAGGAGUGCUUUUGCACUCGCCUUGACAGUAAAAUGCGGGGGCAGCAAUCGCUGGGGAGACCCUUCGCCUGGGGCUAUGCACUCGCCUUGGUGAUAAACGACAGGGUCAGCCAAGCUUGAGGAUAUCUGCGGGUCUUGACGUAUCGUGUGUCUGUGUUAAUCGGACAAUAUAGUUUGUCACUCAGUUGUUUGUUGUUGCUGUUUGUUUUUCACAGGUAAUUAUGACAACAUGAAUUUCACCUGGGUUUGUUGGAAAAGUAGCGACUCGUCCCCGGAUUUGAACGAUCUCGGUAUUUUAAACAAGGUGUACCCCGACGGAUCGAACCCAACACCCCCAGAAGGAAGUGAGGUGUGACGAUUUAUGAACUUUGAUAUCUAGCCGAUUUUUUUUUUGUUUUGGAAACGAAAUUAACGAAAUUUUCACUCAUUUGAGUGGAAAAAGGCCACAAGGCAAGUUUUUCAGUUUUCACCAGCGAAGCGCCAAGAAAAAGAGAAAAAGAAAGAGCGAGGAGGAACAAAGGAAGAGAAGCGAAAAAAGCAGUGGUUGCAUUCUUACUUUUUUCAUAAUAGCUACUUUAGCCGAAAAAACCGAAGAGGCCUAUUUGGCGGUGACGUUUUCAAAAAUCCGGCUAGAUAUUAAGAUUUAUCCAAGACCAAAAGCGAGGUUACCGUGGCGUUUGUUUGUUUGGUUUUUGUUUUCUUUGUUUUUGUUUUUGUUAUUUAUUUUCUAAUCAUGUUUUCUGAAGCAAUAGAACUUUCCUUAUAAACAAGGAAGAAACUGAAUUCCUCGUGAAAGAUUGACCUGAGUCUUUGAUAAAUUAAACACCAGUAACUGGUCUGUGGAAAACUUUAAAAAAGAGCACGUGACCUCCACGAAUUACAAGGUAGAAAAGGUUUUGAGCUGGAGAGUCGACAUUUCUUCGAGGUUUGUAACCUGAAAAACCUUUAUAAAAAUGCUGAAUCAAAGUUUUUGUUUGUUUUUUUUUUUCAUUUAUCAAUUCCUAUUUAUUCUUAUUCAUUUUUCCCGACAAAAUUUGUAACGAUUAUUGCAAAUGAUAUUAACUACUGAAUCGAUACUUUUAAAACCUUUCGGCCUCGAGACUUAAUGAAAUAGUAUCAGCGUUUAUCUUCAACUGUUAAACAAUUUGAAAAUGUCUGUAAAAACCUUUCGUGAUAGUCGAUGGAAGUUUCCAGUCUCAUUUCGUAAUUCGUCUCUGAUAGCGCGUUUAAUUUUGUCGGCUCUGCUGUUUCUCUUUUUUGUUAAAGGGCUCAACAUUUCACAUGUAAAGGAAAUGGCGAUCUAUGUGUGAACAAAUCAUAAUCGUGAACAUUAUCAUCAGCUAAGUCACAUCACAUUUUUAGUGUCAUCAUCAUAUCCUUCUAUAUACUCGUCACCUUUAUCAUAAUUAUUUUUCUCAUAGUCUUCAGCCUUUUGAUCACCAUCCUCAAAAUCAUCAUCAUCAUUAUCAUCAUCAUAAUUAUCACCAUCAUCAAUUACCAAAGAUGCAAAGAAGUCAACUACUAUUUGGAGGCAAGCAAUAACCUAUACCUUCAGGCUGAUGUAAUAUAUUUAUAAUAUAUUUUUUAGGUUUCUAACCAUCCUGGUGGGGGAUGCUUCAAUACGGGACCUGGAAAGAUAUCAGCCAAUAACAACAUUUCCAUAACAUUUGACAAUAGUGUUAUGCUCCUGGGAUACACAUAUUAUAUGGCACUGGUGGUACAGAAGGGACAUCGGAAGGGCGAUUACAGACAAACAAUUGUUCUUGCCAAGGCACCACCAAAAUUUAAUAUCAGGUAAGGCAGGUAAUAAACAACAGCCAAGGCUUAAAGUUCGAUGCCGUGAAUUUUUCUUUCGUAACGGUUUUUGCAAUUUUUAAGACACACAAUUUUUAAACUGUAUUUUAAAGGUGUUUUAAUCAUCAGGGAAGAACCUUAUGGCAACAUAAUUUAUGGUUAAGAGUUCUUUACCUGACAUCUCCUCAGAGAGUAUUUUUAAAACCAAUAAGGCUUCCAACUUGAAAGCCCAAAUCAGGUGACCCUUUCCUCAAAUUGCUUGCCAAAAUCUCAACUGCUUGCCAUCGUAAUGAAUCCCAAUCUACAACAGAUAUAUGUUCCUGAAAAUCCCCUUUGAAUGCAAAACAACUAAGGUCAGAGCCGGGUAAAGGGUAAAGUUCUCUUUUCUUAAGCUGACGGCGUGCUCAUUUCCCCCCUCUUCCCCACCCCCUUUUCAUAAUUGUUCCGUUUUAAGAGUAUUUGAAGUUCUUAAAGCUACACUGAUAGGGUGGAACGCACAAGGAGGAUUUGAAGUCACACUCGGGAAUUAAACUCAAGACUACUGGCGAAAAAAGGCUGCGCACUUUAAUUUUGAACUGUGCCGAUCCAUACAACUCCUGGUAAAUUUAACUUAGGCUUUCACACUCGCCUUUCACCCAAGGCUUUUCAUUAGCAUUUUUUGGGCUGGCCAAAUUGUUUCAAAGUAACAUUGUAUAUGUGAUAUCGGACAAAGUUCCUUUUCACUGAACAACUUGGGGCCACUGAGAGGGAUGCAUCAAAACCUCUUUUUUAUGUUACAGCUGCUUUUCAAACUGUGACCCGAAUGCUAUUAUAAGCCAGCGUAUAGGCCUGCAAGCGUACUGUGUUGGUCCAGACUGCUCAAGAACACUAUACUUCAAAUGGUUUAUGUACGAGAGUGACAAGACAUUCCCGGGACCGGAGGGUAAGAUAGAAUUCCAUAAUAGAGAAGAGAAGUGUGACGUCACGUCACCAUGGUAGCAAAAUUUCUGGAUCUCGACAUUCUCUCUUAACAGAGGAGGUUAUUUGCAUUGUCUACGGAUGCAAGGAAAGAGCGGGCUACUGUUUUGUUCCUGAGUGUAAUGGUGCACAGUAAAGUAUUUUUUUUUUUUUUGGUGUUUGCUUUUGUUUUUUUGUUUUUAUUUUGCCAUAUUUGCAGGACCAAGGUUUGUUAAGGUUCAGACAUUUUGCUACCCGGCAGCGUGACGUAACGAAAAAUUAUCCUCUCUUUCGUGCCCAAAAGAAGGAAUAAUUUGUCACCCAAACAAUGGGUGGCAAAUGAAUAUUUUAUAUCUUAUUGUUUCGAUAAUUAGUACCUUAUUCUCAAAAUUUGGUCAGCUCAAGCUGGUUGUGACGAAUUGGCCGGGGGAUUUGAGCCAAUCAGGAACGACGAAAAAUGUUCGAUGAAUAAUAAUUAGCGUUAUUGACAUUCAGUUUUAAUAUUGAUAACAGUUGAAAUUACCGUCAGUGGUCAUCCAAAAUGCAAAGCACUGGUGGUCGAUUACAGGAGGUGGUCGCACUCGAGGGUUUCAAACUAUAGUGUAUGACAAAGAAAACAGGUUUGGGCAAUAAUGGGGUUUGACUGCAACUAUUGUUAUUACUUUUGUUUUCAUCGUAGGAAUUAGAAAUGUCGAUGAAGAAAAAAUUGAUUUUUUCUUACCAACAGAUUAUAACGCCACAAAAAACUUCUACAGUCACUUAUUGACAUCCUCUAGCUCUUUAUCGAUGCUGCUACAGGAAAACGUUCUCGAAAAAAGAAAAAGCUAUAUGAUAAAAUUUAGAGUGACAACUAUAUACGACGCCAAAGAGUUCGCCUAUUACUAUUUCCGCACCAACAUCCCACCUGUAGGGGGUACUUGUGCGAUAGACAGAGACACAGGAGUAGCCGCCCGUGAUGAGUAUGAAUUGGCUUGUAACAACUGGGUCGAUAGUGAUACUCCACUGGUAUACAAAGCGAACAUACCGUCGAAUAAUGAAAGUAGCGGAUACAUCGUCUUGGCUGUGUUUGAUACAAGCUCAAAGUUGCGUCUACCGGUUGGAGAUAAGCUGGAUUUAUAUCACCUACAUUUAAAUGUGUAUAUCAUAGAUUCACUUGGUGCAACGGCGAAAGUCAACCUUACAGUGAUUGUAAGUAUGUAGCACGUCCCUAACUUUCAGGCCUUGCGACGUGGGAUCAAUAGGCCAUUUCCAAGUUCCAAAACAUCUCACUUUCAAAACGAGGCUAAGUGCGAAACCUUUGUUGUGAAAAGGAGUUUUAUUUGCAUCAAAAUUAAAACUCAUUUUCAUAUCAAUGGCUUCGCACUUAGCCUCGCCUUGAAAGUGAGAUUUUUUGGAACUCGGAAAUGGCCUACUUAGGUUUCUGGGAAACUGCCCACCUACCCGUCCCCUAACCCAACAUUUUGCCCUAAGUGAGAAGUAAAUGUUAAUGCUGACUUAGGGGAGGGGUAGGUGGGCAGUUUCCCAGAAACGUUAAUUGAUCCGCGACGUGCAUAGACUUGGAACAGACCACCCGGCUUGCAAGCAGAGCCUCCUUUUGUCUUCUUGAAUGAGGAGCAGAAAAGGAGGCUUUGCGCAUAGCCUGAAUUGCGCCGAGGUUUUUUGGUCGCCGCAGCCCACACUUCUGGACUAGACAAUCUUAUUUCUCGUCAAACAGGUUUACUUCAGUGCUAGCAUCCGUUAAUUGAUAAACCGGUGGUCAUAGCCGAGCCCUCUGUACCAAGUGCACGGCUAGUAGGCCUAGGCUCUAGAUCGUAUCCUAACGACAUGCCGCGCAUGCUCAACAAAGAUCUUUCUCGAUUCAAGCAGAGUUUUUCUUGAGUACGCCAAAUUUGAGCAAGCAAAAUCAAGGCUCUGCUGGCAGGCUUGGAACAGACACGACAACAUUACCAUAGGCGUCACGUUGUAUCCUCGGUCGGGUACUUUACUAGAAUUAGAUGUAAUAAAUUAAUUUAUUUUCGGACUCAUUAUUGAUUUUGUAAUUUAAUUCAACCUCUGCUGUAAAAAUUAAUGAAGUUACAACCUCUCUAAUCUUCAUAACCAAAGAGAGAAUCUUGAAUAUUUUGGAAUUUAGUGAAAAUAGUUCACAUAUUCCAUAUUUGACGACUAUCACGUUUUCCCCCCAAAAUGACGCUGACUCACGCGCAAGCACAACUUAGUACUGCGAAAAUCUCGAACUCGUAGUCGUACUCGUCUUAGAAUUUAAAGGUCUCUAUUUUAACAAAACGAGACGACGAUUUGUUGAUAGUCUUCCAAAAUGUAUAGAGCGUUUUCACAUGACGUCACGGUGGCCAUAUUUGUGUUGCAAAACAAUGAAACCGCGGCCAUGUUGGUGUUCCAAGACAAUCUAGUGGAGUUGAAUUCUUUUUUUAUGUAAACCCUUUCUUUUGUUCCAAUAAAUCUGCAGAGAUGCUGGCCAAGCGACUGAAAACGCUCUAUAGUUCGAGUUUCGGCAAGUCUUACGUCAUAAUUGCCUGCUGUGGGGAAAUCUACGGUCGCUAAUCCAUCUAAAGAAUUAACAAUCAUCACUUCCACCCUUAUAGGUCUAAUAGCCUAAGAGUGUUUUCACUCAUUGGCCAGAAUCUAUGCAAAUUUAUCGGGAUAAAAGAAAGCGUUUGCAUAAGAAAAGAGUUCAACUCCCAAAGGACUGGUUUGCGACACCAACAUGGCCACUGUUUCAUUGUUUUGGGACACCAAUAUGGCCUCCGCGACAUCAUGGGAAAACACUCCUAUAAUCUGACAGUAUCGCCUUAAGACGAAAAGUUCUAGAAUGAACAAACUCGACUGCGAUUUCACGUAUUGGCAAUUUUUUUCACUUGUUUGCCCCCUGAGAAACCGCGUCACAUAUGGUGUAUUGCAAAAGGGCUUUCUGUUACGUUAUUUCAUUUCUGAUUACGAUCCAAGCAAAAGGAAAUCCAACGCUUCGAGUACUUUCCCUCUCCAGAAACUAUAAGGGGGAAUUGGUAAAAGUUUUUGGUGCACCGAUUUCUAUGGUCGUUUGGGUGCACAAGCGUUAGUUGUAUGAUUGGCCGAUGGUCGUCAACGCAACCGUCAACCCAUCAUAACUAACGCUUGUCCAUCCGAACUAUCCCAGAAAUAGUUGCGCCGAAAACUUUUACCCAUUCCCCAAAUAGUUUCUGGAGUGUAGUCUCCCUCGCAGCCGUUUUUAUUGUCGUCGCGCAACACUCCCAGGGAGAAGCGUUGUGUGACGACACUGAAAGAGACUAUCUGGAGUGGGGAUUGUGACUGAACAAUGCCUUGCAGGUAUAUCCACCAUCAAUAUCUGAACUGGAUGAGGAGCUGUCGGAACUUGUUCGUGAAAAUGGUGCUCUUGAUGGUUAUGUCAAAGCAAACGAUCAACAAAGAGCCGUUCAACUGAGCAUUAGCGUGUUAAGUACCUUGGACUUUCUGCAGCAAUCAAACAACACAGAGGUAAGCCAGUUAAAGUUUCAGAAAUAUCAGGCACCAAUAAUAUACAUAUAUACUUUUAGUUUUAUUAUGGCCUUCUUACCUCUUUUUUGGUUAAGGGGGUCACCCUUCAAGCCAAGCAAUUUGUCAUGUCAAAGAUUUGCCAACUGAGUUUGGUGAGAAAAAUGUAGGGAAAGUGGGCUUACCCAGGAUGACCCUUCUAAGCGGGAAAAUUCUUUUCCACAUAAAUGCGGCCUGAAAUGAGAAAUCAAGCAUUUAAUUUGAAAAUGUCUGUUCAAACUCCUCAGACCAACUCCACGUAAAUACGGUAGUACUAGGCACUUCAGUGUUUUUUUGUCUGUUUGUUUGUUUGUUUUUGUUUUUUAAUUUCAACCCAUUACCACAUUGCUUUUCAGAUCCGACAAAAUAUUGUCAACAGUAUAACACAGUUAAAGAUCAAUGACACUGAAAGUGUAAACCAGAUAGCCAGCGUCUUAGUGGAGGCAACUAAAGUAGAAAGGGAGAUAACCCCUCAGUCUGGGGUAAGUGUGCAUGUGUGUGGAGAAAUUAGCUUUUGGAUACAUUGCACUGAGAGUGAGUCAACUCUAACCUUGCAGGCAUUUCGCUGUUAAGGACAGUCAGAUAGUACGGCAGUGGCUAAAUCCCCGGAAAAACGUACGGACAUUUGAAUCAAAACUUCACGUUAAUUCAGACCCUCGCUAUUACGGACGCCCCGAUUGUACGGCAGCUAAAUCCCUGUUAAAACAUACGGACAUUUGAAGGGAACCUCAUGUUCUUCUAGACUAUCGUUACUGCGGACACCCCAAAAGUACUGCAGCUGAAUCUUCGGCAAAACGAAUUAACAUUUCACUAAAAUCUUAUUUCAGACCAGGGGCACCCGGCGCGACUAUAUUCUGUAAAAUAACUGUUCGAAGAAACAAAUUAAAUAUUGCCUAGAAAUUUCUAAAGCUUGGGAAAGGCUAAAAAUUUCUGUAUAAACGUUCCAUUCGUCUAAAAUAUUCGGAGAUUUUCUAAUAGCUUAACUACGAUUUUCGAAUGUUGUGUUUUCACAUUUUAAUAUCAAGAUAUUAUGAUUAUUGUUAAAAAAAAAAAAAAAAAGAUCUCCUAAAACUUUCGGUAUAUAUACAAUAAAAGACGAUGAAAGCAAGAUGUCCUCGAGAAUAGCUACCAGUUUCGGAUGAGAAGAAAAAGCAAGCUAAAACUUUCCUGACGACCAAAGUUCCCCUAAGACAUUCGAACAGAUAAAUAGUUUUUAGGGUAACCCCAAAUUGACCAAACAGGCCUCUAAAGUAUAGAGAAACCCACCUGAGACGCUUCUGGUGUAUUUGGAAACAUUCGCUAUUGCGGACAACCCGAUAGUACGGAAGCUUCUGAAUCCCCGUAUCAAAACGUACCGACACCUAGCGGAUUUUUCAACAUUAACAUAAGAAUAACAACAUAUUCUUUCAUUUUUCUCAUCCUAUUUGAAUUUACUAUGUUUCUGUUGAUAAUCAAUCGAAAUUGUUGCAAACGUAGACAUAUAUCACCCCUCUGUUGCAAUUCUUUUUCAUUAUGGAGAACUGAUACCAUCAUCUAAACCCCCUCUCAAAUUCAAAUAAGCCCCCUGUCUCUAUUAAGCCCCUCCCUCCUCAAAUGGACUUAAAAUAAAUAAUUCUCCCACGGGGGAGAACAGAGGAUUUACCGUAAUUUGAAAAAAUUAGAGCAACCUACGGAUUAUCUAACAGCAGAUAUCUUCUGAGAGCCCCAACCAGGGCCUGUGCUGUUGAUCCAACAGUUGAUUUUAGCAAAAAGUGCUUUCCACAGAGCAAUGUUCAUCCGGCAGACACAAUUCGCCCAAUGUCAGGUAAUCGGGAUUCCGCAAUCCGGAAAAUCUUUGCUCCCUGGAGCCCGGAAUGCUGGUCUUUGGAAUCAGUAAUUCAGCUCAACUAAUCCACAAACCAAGUGCCAACGACAAGGAAUCCGGAAUCCAGUACCUAAAAUCAGGAAUCCGGCACAGCCUGGAACAGAAUGCAAGAUUGUCUUGGAUGACCCUACAUAGGACGACUCAAAGAUCGCCCCAUGUAAGGGAAUCCGGAUUCCUGAAUCCGAGAAAAUUUUGCUUAUGGAAUCUGCAAUCCAAGGUUUUGGAAUCCGGAUUACAGCUUAUUAAAUCCGGAAUCCUGGGUUUUGGAAUCCGGAAUACUGUUUAAGGAAUCCGGAAUCCAAGGUUUUGGAAUCCGGAAUACUGCUUAAGGAAUCCGGAAUCCAAGGUUUUGGAAUCCGGAAUACAGCUUAAGGAAUCCGGAAUCAGAAGUUUUGGAAUCCGGAAUACAGCCUAAGGAAUCCGGAAUCCUUGGGUUUGGUAUCCGGAAUACAGCCUAAGGAAUCCGGAAUCCCACUAACGAUUGGAAUCCAGAAUCUAAGUUCCACUGAAAAAUACUGGAAUCCAGUACCUGAAAUCCGGAAUCCACAGCCUGGAACACAGAAUGCAAGACUGUCUUGGAUUAUCUUAUUAUAUCUUACAUAGACAUAAUCGUUCUUAUCACUCGGUUGUCACUUGACUUAUUACACAGAGCAAACUACAACGACACUUCUUUCUAGUUGCAGUCCUUAGGAUCAUGCGAAGACAUGUCGGCUAUUUUGGCACAAGAAGGAAAUAACACAGCAACGGCAGACUUAGUAGAAAACGCUGGUAAGCAGAUUGUUGCUGUGACUGGCAAUGUACUUGGUGGGGUAGUCUAUACCCACACAGAGAAUGCUACUGCGGUGAGUAACAAAAACUUGCUUUAUUGAUGUGUCAAUGUCUUAUUAUUAACGCUAUUCAGACCCUAUUCAAACCGGGGAGGGCUAUAGCACUGUACUGUAUAGUGAGGUCCUGAAAAAUCAGUAAACCAUCGUUUAGGCCUGGUUCAGAUUCCGUACUUUUUAUGUGCCGAACCUAAUUGAAUAAGUUCGACUUUGGAGCGACACUGGCGCGAAAUCUUAUUCAGACGGCGCACCGUGUGUCGAGCAGUAAGUUCGACAGACUCCGUCGAACUUAACGCAUUUGCCGCACCAAACUAAAACUGCCGUAUCAUAUUGAUUCAGACGCCGUUCUUCUGCCGUACUUUUAAUUCAUCAUCACUUUUAAAUUACCCUGGGAAAUGUUUUAUCUGAUCGACCCCAGUUGUUAAAACAUCUCCUUCUUCUCUUAUUUCGAUAGCUUGAGGACCUCGCCAAGAAGGCCUUGAACCUUUCAGAAACUAUAGGAAAAUACUUCCUCCGGCGUCUAAUACCAGGAGAGAAACCGACGGUAUUUCGAAGCAAACAUCUCAGUAUGCAGCUUGCUAAGUUGCUUGUGGGUGGCGAGGAUAACAAGACUCGGGAUAUGAGCAUCAGUGGUGGGUCGUUCAAAUUACCGGAUCUUCCCUUCUUGAAUGAUUCGACUCAUACAUACCUUGACAGAAGGGUAAGUAAGCCGGCAGUACGUAGCAGAUGUUGUCAUUGUUGAUGUUCUUUUCAUUGUUUUAAUUGAAAUUUCCAAUUUUACGGCAUUAAGGAAAUGGCCGCCAAUGCUCGCAGCGCGCAAUGCUUACUGAGAAAAGGAACUUGGUCUUUAAGAAACUAGUAACUCAGCGGUAAGAGUUAUCGGCUUUCAAUUUUGUUAUUCGGGCUCAAAUCCCAGAAGCGAGGGUACCUUUCUCGCUCUUAUCCUAAGAAGUCUUUCUUUAAUGCAUUUGAUAAUUUUUUUUUUUGCGCAGCUGUUGGCGCAGAGCUUUGCGGGUUCUCUCUCACUCUCUUUCUCCCUCCAAUCAUCGGAAGUUUCUAAUGGUUACCAAACUAUUUAAGACGGAAUCCACCAGGAAAUUGAUUAAUUUUAAUUUUCAGUGGACAAAACCCCUGUGCAAGAAUUGGAUUACACAUGUAAAAUUCUGAAAAUUUCAUGUGGAAAAUGUACUUUUGUGAAAUUUGACAUUCAUUUUCUCGGGUUCCCAUAAGAUUUUUUUUUGGAGUUACUACAGAUGAUUUAUUACAUCUUUAGCCCUUGAAAAAUGUAAGAAAAAAUCCAAUGAUAUUCUUUAAAUCAUUCUGGUACAAGGUUUUUGUCCACUGAAAAUUAAAUUUCGCAAUUUCCAAGUGAUGGAUUCGGUCAGCGACAAACCAAUGAGUGGUGCCGCAUCUCCCAGUUGUAGACCUGGAUCUGUACUUUGUAACUUUAACUUUGCAACUUUAUUUGAUUUACCACAAAAUACAAAUAACGAUAAAACAAGACAGUUACACAAAAGCAAAUGAAAGUGGCGAGGAAGCCCAAAAAGAAACCAUGAGGCUUAUAGACAUUGGGCUCCCUCAGAGUAAAAAUAAAGUUAACAGUACCAGUAAGGCCAGGAUCGAAAGUAAAAUACAAUGAAGGUAAGUAUAAAUUAACUAAUUACAUAGACUGAGUUAAGUUGACAAAAUAUAAGGUAUGGUACAUGUAACAAUAAGUAUAAAAAUAAUAUCAGACAUGUGAAGAAAUAUAACUAUUUACUACAAGAUUUAUAACUAAUAAUUCAUACAUAAUUUUUUUUCCAAUUUCGUUUUGAAUAAGUGGAGAGAAUUAGAUUCUUUAAUAUCAUUUUCUAUAGAGUUAUAAUAGAUAGGUUCUUGGAAACUGACAGAAAAUUUACGAAGGUUUGUUCUACAAAAAGGAAGGUGGCAUAGCUAUGGACUUGUUUGUUUAAAGAAAAAUAAUUGUUGAACUUUGAAGGCAAAAGAGAAUGGUUAAGAGAAAACAUAAGUUUACCCAAUUCUAGUUGUCUAAUAUCGGAAAGUUUUAGUAGCUCUAAUUCUUUGAAAAUAGGGUCUGAAUGAGAAUCGAAAGUUGAUUUAGAAAUAAUUCUGAUAACUCGCUUUUGCAAAGAGACAAGACGGCGAAGAUUGGUUUUGUACGUAGAUCCCCAGACAAUAGUACAAUAAUGAAGAUAAGGAUAAACUAAACAAUAAUAAAGAGUUUUUAGACAGGGUUUAGGUAGGAAAAAUCUUGCUCUAUUAAUGACACCUAUUGAUUUCGAGAUUUUACGAGCUAAUUGAGAAAUGUGCGGUUUCCAAGACAGAAGUUCAUCAAGGACUACACCGAGGAAGACCGUUUCCUUAACCUGUUCGAUUCUCUGUUCAUUUAUGCAUAUUUGCAUUGGAAGAUGAUAGCUUUUAAAUCUAGGCUUAAAUAACAUAAAGUUUGUUUUCUUCAGGUUUAAGGAGAGUUUGUUUGCCUUAAACCAAGUGGAUAAUUUAUUAAGUUCGGAAUUGAGUGAGGCUGCCAGGUAGACAGGAUCUUUAUGGGACAUAAAUAAAUUAGUAUCAUCAGUGAAUAAAAUCAGCUCGACGAGUGUCGAUACGUUAUUUAAAUCAUUAAUAUAGAGCAAGAAAAACAAGGGGCCCAAAAUGGAUCUCUGGGGGACACCACAGCAGAUAGUUUGAGGAGAGGAACAUUGACCGUUAAAUUGAACGAAUUGCAACCCGCUGGAGAGGUAGCUUCUAACCCAGUCCAGAGCCACGCCACGUAUACCAUAGUGUUCGAGUUUGUCAAGCAGAAUAUUAUGAUCGACGGUAUCAAAGGCCUUAGAAAGAUCAAGGAAAACGCCAACGGCAUGUUCAUUGCGAUCAAGAGCAAGGGAGAUUUUUUCACAUAGGUCAAUCAAUGCUAACGAAGUUGAAUGAUUUUUCCUGAAGCCAAAUUGAUUAUCGCAUAGAAUUUCUAGUUUACUUAAAUAAUUCAAUACAAUAACAACAUGUAGAAAAAUAUGAAACGGCAAACCGAUCCUUACGGCAAGGCAAUGAAAAAGUAAACAAAAGAAUAAAACAAAAAAUAUAUAUUUAAAUAAAUUUGCCCAAUAUUUUAGUUUGAAGACAAACUUUCUUCAGAGGCUUUAAGAACUCAGAUACUUUCGAGUUGUUUCAAAUCUCACUAUUUCAGCUGAUCUUCUGGCUUCUGAAGGAUCUCUAAGCUAGGAAAACCAGUACCCAUGUUCUCAAAAACACUUUCUCUAGAUAUUACAAGACCUUACAAUUUGCUCAUACCUGAAAACAGAAAAAGUGAAAGGCUAAGACAACCUCCAAAACAUAACAUUUACAGUAGAGCCCAGGUAACUCGAACUCUUAAGGGAAACGAAAAAGUUAACGGGGUAAAUUUCAGAGAAAUAUUGAUGAAAGGAAAAUAAAUUUGGUUCGAAUUAGCGAGGAAUUCGAGUUGUCCGAGUUCGAGUUUUCGGGUUUCUACUGUAAUUAACAGCAGUUAAUAUUUACUUAAAAACUUGGACUUAAUUUUCAAUUAUAAUAACCAUCAACCGUCAACAGCUCUUUAAGAUAUGACCAUCAAAGCUAUUACGCCAUUGAGACCCUCUGUUAUGUGUGAUGUGCCUCACCAUUAUCUUGCUACAUAUUGUUUUAUGUGGCUUAGCUUAUCACAUGAUCUCCUUUUUUUCUUUUUUUUUUAGAUUCAAUUUUCGGAUGUGAAUCCGUUUAUAUGGGCCAAAAAUGGUACCCAUAAGGCAGCGACCUCAGUAAUCACCUUAUCAUUCAAGGACGAAUUUGGAAGUCCCAUAACAGUAGAGAAAACUGAAAAGCAAAUUGAAAUCUAUAUUCCCACGGGGAGGGAAAACAAUGAUACCAACAAAGCCGCCGUGCACUUUGUUAACCCAGGAAAUGACAGCAUGAUGUUUCAUUCCUUUGAAAUCAAACACAACGACACUGCUUUUGCCAUUCGAAUAGAACCAGUUAAUGAAACAAUGCUCGCUGUAUAUUUACGUUAUGGGAGAAAACCAAACUUGACACAUUUUGACUUUAAGUUCAUUAUUCCGGAUUUCACGUCUUGCGUACUUCCGGGACAAGAAAACUGCAGCAUUGUAUCUGAUUUUAUGACAUGCGUGGAAACGGAAGACGCGCCAUACAAGGACGAAAACUACACAAGACCGUUCUUGCCUGCAAGCUGUGGCCCGGAACCAGAGAAUGAAACGGUAACACCUCCACCUCCGGCUUCAACCGGACCCGAUGGAGAAGAGCAAACGUUUGAAUGUCCUGACGUUUGCAAAUAUGAUAACUUUACGUACGAUAAUUGCACUUGUGACGAGCUCCCCGAUGUGACAUUUCUAUUCAACUCCUCGUUAGAUGAAAACAAUGACAUAUGCAAGGCGUUCAUCGACUUUUCUCUUUGCCCAAACGACACCUUAAUUUGUAAGGACUCUGUGAAUUUAUUAUCUUGCUACCUGUUGCACUUGGAUCGUUUUAAGCAGUGCCGCAGUAUCCUUAAGACCACACCCAAAUUGUUUUAUGGCAUUUACGCGAAAUGCCUUAAAGAUCCUUUCAGGGUUUUUUUCAACAGUACUGUUGGAAAAGCAGGCAAGUGGUAUGUGGGUAUUGAAUAUUACAUACCUCCAAACGAUACUAAUACUGAGAAAGAGAAGGACAAGAAAGAUAGUUUGGACUUUGGGGAAGGUGAGCCUGAUUGGGAUGGGCUAGAGAAGUUUAAAUUUUGGAGAAGACUCAUAAAGAGAAAUAGAGAGCACAAUGCCAGGAGAUAUUUGGAAGGUGAAGUUUUAAGACGGGCAAAAUGGGUAAGUAGGAGAACAUCUUUUCAAGGCGACGAUGUGUACGACCAAAACUGUGAGUUUUGGUGGGGUAAAUGGUUCCAAUGUGGGACAUUUUUGGACAGAUAUAUGGGUUAUUGGAGGCUAUGGCAGGGCAAGAAAGACGAUGGUGGUGAUCGUAAACGUAGAUCACUGUCGUCAGAUUCCGAUGAAACCGCUGAGCGACUUUGUAUAGUCGUCAAAGAGAAGCCCCCUCCUUUCAAAAUUGGAGAAACAUUGCCUCUUGUCGAAGAAACGCCAGAGCUAGACGAGAAUGUGUCUGCACUCUAUUCGUUCGAAGUCAGCCUUUACACAUGCCUCUUCUGGGAAGAGACCAAUGAAGAAUGGAGCACUAGAGGUUGUACGGUAAGAUUGCCUUUACCGCUUUAUAGCUUUUAAAGGUUCCACUCCGAUCCCUAAAUCUUGCAAUGUGGACCAGCCAAUAAGUUUGUUUUCUCAUAAUUUUGGCAUUGCUUUAUAUGAUGGUUGUUGCUGUUAUUCUUUUUUUUUUAUUAUCAUCAUUGCCUAGCAGCCGAAUAUGCUGGGCGAACGGGCUCUGAGUACUCCAUGAAUGUGUCAGUACAAUUUUGAAGGCUGAGAGUAAAAAACUGGAACCCGUUAGGGUAAGAGUGACGGUUAGGCUGCUCUCACUCUUGUUAUAUUCCUCGUGGAGGAAUUUUGUUACUGCGUGCAGCCAUGUUAUAUCCCCUAUAUCUUAGAUAAUUACAGUUCAUUAUUUUUUAGAGGGCCAAGGGUCGAAGGCCUGGAUUAUCCUAUAUUUAAUAUGAGAAACAUGUUCAUUCAGUCGCUAGGAAGAAAUUAUUUGAUUAAAAAAUCUGAGUGCUCCUAAUAGGAAAGAAACCUGUGACCUUCCUGUUUCUAUAUGUUUAAAGGCUGGUCCAGAAUCUAAUGACGAAAAACUGCAAUGUCUUUGCGAUCAUCUUACAUCAUUUGGUGGUGACUUACUGGUGACACCCAACACAAUUGACUUUGCGGAAGUCGCCCUAGGAUUUGCUAACCUGGGGAAGACUGGUAAUGUAGGCGUCAUUAUAGCCGUGUUCGUGUUCGUUCUUUUGUACGUUUUGGGCGUGAUUUUUGCCAGGAGAGCAGACAGAAGAGACAAACAGCAGGUAUUACAGAAAAAAGGCAAAUUUUACCUUUGAAGUUAAAUUAAAAUUGCAAUAAUAUUUAUUUAUUGCUAUUAAUUUGUUCUGCAUUUUUAUCCGUGGGUGCGGGGGGGGGGGGGGGGGGGGAGUGGAUACUUAACAAAAUUGUAUACGGAGCAGGCUCCUCCCCGAGCUCUUAUUCCUUACCCUUUUUUAUAAUAAGGUUCAGAUAUAAUGCGCCCUCUGAUUCGUUGAAAAAGGGUGCUUUAUUAGAUUAUUAAACACGGCGCUAAAGCUGUCCUGUCAUCUGCCAGUAGUUUAUUUUGAAAAUUAGAAAGUAAUGCGUGGGAACGUUAACGGAUUCUUUGUCAUAAAACAAACAAAGAAGUCUUGACUGUACUCUGUUCUGUCGUAAAGCUCUCAAGAAGCGGCUAGAGCACUCGAUCAAGACUUAGGGAGACACACUCUUCUUUCGUGCUCUAGCUGCUACCUGCAUGCCUUACAACAGAACGUAGAAUAUUCAAGGCUUCUUUAUUUGGUAAAUACACAAUUUAUGCAAAGUGUUAAUGGAGGUAAUAGCAUCAUGUCCUUUAAUACACCUUUGAUAUUUCAUGCAACAGAAAUAGUUAUAAAUCCGUUAAAUUUUCCGCCGCCCGGUUAGCUCAAUGGAUAAGCGCCGGUCUGCUGAGCGGAAGGCCGUAGGUUCAAACCCCGACCGAACCAACACUCAGGGUCUUUAAAUAACUGAGGAGAAAGUGAUGCCUUUGUAAUAACAUCCGCAAACGGUUUGACCUCCUAGUCUUCUCGGGUAAGGACGAUAAACCGUAGGCCCCGUCUCACAAGCCCUUGCACAUGUAAUAAAUGUGUGGGACGUUAAAGAACCCACACUCUCUUCGUAAAGAGUAGGGCACGUAGUGCCUGGUGUAGUGGUCUAUCUCACUUUCACACUCAUGUAUGGGGGCAUCAUUACUCAUUCCUUCAUUACUUGUAAACUACGCGUUAAGUAGUCUGACAAAGUACCCCAACCAGUGUUGUAAAUUAUCCCUGAAAAGCCCUGAGGGGAGUGGAUAAUAUCAUAUUUCCAUUUCCAUUUACACACAAUCACCGGUGAUGUGAGCUCAUUGGUCCAAAGUGCGAGUUGAUAUAUAUUAAUCUAACUGAAGAAUGAAUUGAUUUUUUUUCUGGUGUCGUUGAAAGACCAUUUUCUGCAUGAGCGAUUCUACUUUCAUAACCAUGUGGUAGAUUACAUCAAAACGUUAGAGUUAAAUCUCUUAAUCUUUUGUUGCAGCUGUCUAUUGCAAUGCCUGUCCAUACGAACAAAACUGGUGACCACACUUACGAGAUUGCAGUUUAUACAGGGAUGUUCGGAGACUCUGGUACAACAGCAAACGUGUCAAUGUACAUUAACGGUGAAAAGGGUGAGAGUGAAGUAUUACCGCUUCAAGACACGGGUGGCGCGAAACGCCCUUUUAGUCGCGGCAGUGUCAGCUCCUUUGUAGCAAGGUAAGCAAUCAAGUUGUUCACUAUCCACGCAGGGUCUGGAAGGGCAUUCGCGGUAUCCGGGAUUUGUCCGGGAAUUAGGAAAAGUCAACAUUUUUCGACCACUUCUCGGGAAGAGGGGACUCGCCAAAAAUCUUGGCGGAGGAUGUUGCAUUGGAAAAUUAAAGACAACGGUAUCCGGGGUAAAGAUGUCAGCAGUUCGGGUUGUGUGAUUAUCGUGGAAAAGAAGCAGGAUUGCGGGUUCAGGCUCACCUUUCUAGACUCUUUCUACAGCAGCUGGAACUGGAACCCCAAUGGGUAUUAGGCUUUGCUUAACUUCAUCCAAGGUUAAAUUUGAUACCACAGUCUAGUGGGGACUCACUGAGACAAUCUUGAUCUCACAAAGAGAGUAAAAUCACCACGAACAAAUUGGAUUUAGUUUGACUUUUUGGCGUCAUUUUAGAAGAGAUUCAUAAAGGUUUGUCGUAUUUUAAAACCACUUCUCUCUUUCCUGAUUUCUUGGUGAUUAAAAAAACCCCAGUUGUUUCUUCAGAUCAGAUAUAAUUGAGCAAAUCUGGAAGAAUUCUGCUAAAUUUGUUUGAGUUUGCACACUUGACGGACUCUUGUGGACCUAUAGAUAUAUCCUCAGGACCCUUAAUCUAUCAAAACUGACCGGCCAGAACAUUUUUUUUCGUAAUGAGAAUAAGAGGAUUUAGUUAUUACUAAGGAAUUUCCAGGCAACUCAGUCUAUUGAUAAAUAGUAUGCGUGGUAUUGAUAAGUUUCUGCAGAAGUUCACGAAAAAAGCCUUUUCGUUUUCAAAAUAGCUGGUCCGAACGUCCAGUGUCCUGACUUUUAAUUUACUUGGCGCUAUUGACAGGGGCCUUUCAUACACCGUAAAUCAAAUCCAUUUGUUAAAUUGAAACGAGGUAAAUUCGGAUACACAGAUAUCUAGUGUGGAUAAUAGUACUUGCAAUCCCUGGCAUUGCUUCAUUUACCAGUAUUCUUUUUGUCCAGGUUACCGAACUCUCUGGGUCGAUUGAACUAUGUGAAUGUGUGGCACGAUAACUCGGGCUCAAGCCCCUCGUGGAAUCUGCGACAAAUUGUGAUUCGCCACGUUCCAACGAAUAAGAAGUCGUAUUUUAUCUGUAACCGAUGGUUAGCAGUGGAGAAGGACGAUGGAUUGGUUGAAAGGGCGAUCUUCGUUGCCGACCAAAAGCAGAUGACAGGAUUUCAGAACCUAUUUUAUAACAGGGCUUCCAAGGACAUAGGUAGUAACUGAAAGUUAGCGACCUUUACAAUUUUUUUUAUCAAUUGUUAGCCUGCGUAGCAAGCAUUUCCACUUGAGUUCGUCGGUAGAGUUCCUUUGUCUUUUUUGGCUCUCGCAGUCCAAUGCUCGCGCGAAAGCUCGAUCGAAAACCCCGGCGCUUUCUACGCAGACUACUGAAUUGUCACACAACUGAAUCUACGUUGUUUGACCGGUCGAUUGACUGUAUGAUUGACCAUUGUCUGGUGACUAUCUGAUGAACAGACUAAUUGUCGACCGGUCUACUGGUUGAUACAUUUUUUUUCUUGUCUGGUAGGUCUAUGCGUCCUCUUAUUUAUAAUGGUACUAAAUUGAACUGAACUGAACUGAGUGGAGUGCAAUUUGGUGUUAAAUCAGGCGCCCGCUUUGAAAAUCGUACGAGCCACAGCGAGAAUUAGAUUUGAAAUCACAAGUGUGAUUACAAUAACGGAAACUGAAAUCCACUCAAUUCAAUUUAUUUAAUUUAUCGCAUCCAUUUUCAAAUCGCAUGAUUUAGUAGCCCAUAAUUAAAUAGGAUUUUAGUGGCUAGUAUUAAUAUUUUAUCGAUCCAAAAGUCGGUUAAUUGUAAAAAAAAAAAGUUGAACCCUAAACAUUCCUAAAUCACGUUUUGAGUAUGCAAAACAGAAAUAUUGCGAUUAACAGAAGAAGUGAUGGAAUUAAUAGCACAAAUUAUUUGAUAUAAAACAAAUGUGAUUUACAGCAAAAAAGUAUGAUUCAUGAAAAAAAUCACGCUGCUGUGAUUCAAUCAGGUUGCAGGGAUCGUAGGUGAUUUAAACGUGAAUGUAAUAAAUUGCUAAAUUGGCUGCCUGAAUAUUGGAUUUACCAGUAGAAUGAUCGACUAAUUGUCAAAACUGACGACAGAAUGCUAGACCACCUACAAUUUGAUUAAGAAUAAACGACUGUUAAGUGGCGACAAAAGGCGGACCGAAACGCGUCAAUGACACUUAGGCUCUUCAUAGCCAAUAACAUUCCUGCUUAACUGACAGACGACCACUAACACCGCGACUUAAUUGACCAAUCAGGUCAAGAUGAGUUUAACACCAUCAACUGUCGUGAUACAACUCACUUUGACUGUGGAGAUGAAUACCGGGUUGCCUUUCCCUACGAGCAGAAGUUUCUCUCUUGCAUAACUGUUAGCGUUUUAAUACGACGUCGUUCGCAUCGCUUGUCAGUCGCGUUGUUGGUUUGUUUAUUACGCCCUGCGGCUUAAACACUAAAAGCCAUGCAAGACAGAAACCUCUGCCCGUAGGGUAGGUUGUCCAAACGUCAGUCACUAUCAAUAAUAGUCCUAUUCAGGUUUAACUCACCCGAGCUACUUAUGUAACUUAUUAUUGCUAUUCUUACGCGACCACAGGUGAUGGCCAUUUAUGGUUUUCAGUGUAUACGCGGCCGCCACACAGCUCUUUUACUCGGGUUCAAAGGUUGACCUGCUGCAUCUCUCUGCUCUUUUCUUCUAUGGUGGCUAACGCUAUGUUUUACGAACUGGGCGAUGCUGAGGAAAGUCUUCGAGUCAAAUUUGGACCUAUCGACUUCACAUGGCGGCAGUUGAUGAUUGGAAUUCAAAGCAGCAUUGUCGUUGUCCCUGUUAACUUGUUGAUUAUCACCAUUUUUCGUUUCACUGGACCAAGAAAGUCCUCCGGAGGAGAGGAAAAAGCUGAACCCAAAGGGCAAGAAAAAAGGGCGGGAACUAAUGCAAAACCAAAAGGGAAAACAAAACCGAAGGAUGAAAAAGUGAAAGGUAAAGAAGGAUCAGAUUGCAAGAAAUCAAAAGACAAAAAGGGGCCAACGGACCAGAAAUCUAAAGAUAAAAAUAAAUCUGAACCCAAAGGAAUGGACAAAAGUAAAGCUGACUCAGAAACUAAAACGAAGAAAGAAGAAUUGCAAAAAACAAAUAGGGAAAAGACGGCGCCUAAAACAGAACAAGAGGUUACAAAGAGAAGAAAAUUCAAACUUCCCUACUGGUGUAAUUACAUUGCUUACACAUUGGCUUUCCUCACAUCCUUUGUUGGAGCCUUGUUCACCAUAUUUUAUAGUAUGGUUUGGGGCAAGGAGAAGUCAGACAAAUGGAUUCUUUCAGUCAUUAUAUCUUUGGUACAAGACAUUUUUUUCGUGCAACCGUUGAAAGUAAUCCUGGUUGCAUCGAUUUUGGCCAUGUUGUUGCGGAAACCUCCCGAGGACGACGAGGAGGAAAUAGUUAACGAUGAGGCUGAAGAAACAAAACAAGAGGAACUCACAGACGAUACUUCGGUUGAUAGCACGAAGGAUCCUCGCAAGAAGCUUUUUACCAGUGGUCCCGAUCCAAUAAUAGUUGCAAUGGCCAGAGAAAAAAAGCUUAAAGAAGCGCAGAUGUGCAAUAUAUUCUCCCAGCUUGCGUUACAGUUUUUCUUCGUCUUUCUUCUCUCAGUAGCUACUUAUGGUAGCCGGGGCGGAGACAGGUUUUACCUCUCCAAGAAUGUACAAGAUAUUUUCAACACAAAACUCGGCAAGGUAAGAAACCCUUUAACAGGCUACACAGGAAGCUUCUGCAAGCUUUUUCGUCUGUCAGUGGCAGAGCAUCUGGAUUCAGAAGAACCUAAGGGGUCAAAGGCCCGUCUCCUGUUGAAAGAACUGGCAUCCCCUGAGAAAACUGGCUGAACAAAAGAAAAUACUCUCGACAUUUUUCUUUAACUUCCUGAACAUGUUCGACAUCUCUUAAUCACAGGAACGUAUCAAAAAACGAAAAACCAAAUCAGCAUUGCACCUCUGGCAACUUAGUGUUAAACUCAACGGUUUCAAAAUUUAUAGCCAAUAUAAUCAUGGACGUUUAGCAAUACUUCUAAUUUCACUAUUACUUUUGUACCCUCUUUAUAAGGUACUGCUAUAAGCGAUCUUAGAGCUUACCCUUCACACAAACCAUCCAGUAAAAAAUCUCCUACAAAAUUCUUGAACAAUUAAAUUUGACCUAGUGGGAAACGUGUCUCCUACAAAGUCUAUCAAAAGCAAUUGUAGAGACUAGAAAUUUUAAAAAAGAAUCUAAUUUUUUUUUUCAAACACGAACCAAAUGAAAUGACGCGAAAAUAUCUGAAUUCCAAUUGCACUGCAUAAUAUCUUUUUAUAACUGCAGCUAUUCUUGUGAAAGCAUUUGACGAUUUUAAAGUAAAUUCUUUCUUAACGUUCGGGGGUUUUUGUACUUACUUUUUCUCAUAAACGAUUUUGUCACUUCCCCUUAUUCCAAUUGUUCUCAAUUUUGAUAUCGUUAGGUCAAGGACGUAUACACGUUUUGGUGGUGGGCUGAAAAUUAUAUGCUUCCAAGCCUGUAUGCUACAGAAUGGUACAAUGGACAAGCAUUUGAAGAAGAAGAUUUCUUUUCCAACAAAAAAAUGUUUAUUGUUGGUCUUCCACGCCUGCGCCAGGCAAGAAUCAAGCAAGGUUAGUAACAGAUUAACUCUUUCAAAUGAAAGUCCCAAAAAACUUCCACGUCCCCAUUUUGCUUUAAGUUCUCAAAUCCCGGCUUUCAAAUGAGGUAAAUGCAGAAUCUCAAAAGACCUAUCUGGGACCCUCUAUGCCACCACGCCUCCUCAUUUACUUGUAGGUAAUAGGCAACUGUUCUUGUCAACAGAACCCUGUGUUGCUUGGAACGCGUACCCUGAAUUUACCCGGUGGUUUCCAAGUUGUUACCAUGGCUAUUCCUCUAACAGCCAAAACGACCAAUCUGCCGACGCACAACUGGACUGGCUUGAUGUCUCCCCAGCCUACGUCGUUGGUGGUUCGAGUUGGAGAGUUAUUGAUAACGAAGACAGCGAAGAUACGACCACCAACCUUGACAACACUCAACAGACCAGUAACAACGAUAGUAUCGGUAGUAACAGUACUUAUACCACACCUGCGCCAUAUCAGGAUGUAACAGGAAGCUUGGGCAACGACGAUGGCAACGGCAACGGGAAUGGUAAAAAAGCAACAGCUUUAGUCUCUGUCCACACGUGCUGGGGGUUUUCGGACAAAAAAGCAGGUUUCCGAAAACGAUACUUAGAAUGGAGGUUUUUUUAAAACCGCCGACUUCUUGUUUUCGUAUAGGUGGACGAAAACAGAGGUUUACGAAUACCGAGAUUUCGUACAUUAUACAGCGCACGCACCUGAAAGGAAUGUUAUCGUAUUUCCAUCGUUUCAGCGUUUUAAUUUGAACGGGGCGAAGUAUUUCGAAUAUAUGCAGCGUGUGAACGCUUUUUAUUACGAAAAAGGAGAGAAAAUCUCCGUUAAAAAAAGUAAAUGGGUGGACGAGACCUUAGGCUAAGUUCACACGUCGCCGAACAAUUUUUCGACCGGUGGAAAAUUCGCGCGUUUUGGUGUUUCGCUCACACGAAACCACCAUAACCAUAAUUUCGUCCCGUGUAGCAUCACCUUUAGAUUAGCAGAACACCAACCCUGCACGUGUAUCACGCUUUUUGUACAUUUCUUUGAAGUAAUUGCAGCGCAUUGGAGGGCGUGAACAAAGCAACGAUUUCCUUUCCUUUCUUUUUCUGAACUGAGAUACAGUCCUUUAGAAUAAAACUCCAGAAAAAUUCGCCCAGAUUUUAACACAUUAAACGAGAUGGAUUAAAGGGGAAAUAUGUUGGAAUAAUGCGAAUUUACUUCACAAGUGACGUUUUCGGUUCCUUAAAAUCUUUUUGAUCAAGCCAAAGAAAACAAAAUAUCUAUAACUGAGGCAUUGCAUUUCCAUUUUUUGUUCCCGACAAUAUAAUCUGAUUACUUUAUCAUAUGCUCCUGAACAUGCUUAUUUCUCUUGUUAGCGGCAAAUAACUUUACUUGCCCCGAGGGUCGAUUUGGUUAACUGAAAAUCGUUAAGGAAGUUAUUAAGGAAGUUACUGUCGAACUCCACGUAAGCAAACUCCCUGAAUAGAAUAAUAAGAUUUAGGCUUUGUUUACACUAUGCCGCAUAGCUUUUGCACCGGUACGAAACCACUACCCGAUAGGGCUUCCGGUGAUUUUGGAUCUCUAAAGUGAAGACUUGGAUAGAUGUUCACGGCUUUUCGUUCGACACGAACCUUAGUGGUCGCCUACAAAAGAAGGUCGCGAAUGCAAUGGGCCAGAACUGCGGUAAUUUAAAUAAAGGAAAUCUUGUAGCGUAAAGGGAAUUCAUAUGACGUUAUGCCUGCCGUAUUGGUGUCCCAAAAUAAUAAAACGGCGGCCUUGUUAGUGUUCCAAAAACCAGUCCUGUGGGAGUAGAACCUUCUGGACUUCUUUUUAUGUAAAAACUUUCUUUGUUAGAAUUUGCACAGCUGCUGGCCGCGUGAGUGAAAACGCCUUAACCUUAUUUUCCUUUAUUUUAUUUAGGAACUUCCAACAACUUUGCAGGCUCAGAACUUAGAAUCCUCUGUACCCAUACACUGGAGUACCACGACGCUUUAUCUCUUGGCACACUGCCCAUUGUCACGGAACGCAACACGUACACUGGGGGCGGUCUUCUUGCGGAACUAGGGUACGAUAUAGAUACGGCUCAAAAAGUUCUUGCCAACCUCAAGGACGAUAUCUGGAUCAACAGACUGACAAGAUUGGUUUCGUUGGAGUUCGUUGCCUUCGAACCCGGCACCAAUCUCUUUGCGUAUGGUCGAUACAACUUUGAAUGUCUCCCAACUGGAGGGAUUUGGACAUCUUACCGCAUUGAUCCCAUUUCGUUCGUCGGAAGCAUCAACUCGAGUUUCAGUUCCAUAUUCAUCGUUUGUUAUGUGCUGAUUAUUAUUAUUCUCUUAUACUCGAUUUAUCGGGAAUUCAAAGAAAUGCGGCAGUUGAAAAGCAAGUACUUCAAAGACAUCUGGAACUACAUAGAGUGGGCCUUCAUCUCCUUUACCAUUACAACGAUUGUACUGUUCUUUUUCAAAUCAGAAUACACCAGGUAUUACUUAAGUAUCUUUAUAUGUAAAGAUAAACAAUGCUUUGCAGUCAUAGUAGAGGAAUCUGGUUAUGAAACACGGCAAACAUCAAAGUGGAAAACAACGGUGCUGUAGGUUAUGUUGGAAGCUCUCCGAUCGUGCACAAUCCUUUGUUCUGAGUUCACAAAUUUGGACUGGAUAAAUUAAUGAGAUGGAUUUUGGUGGUCAGUAAGUUCAAAAUGAUAGGAAUGCAAUUGAACGACGUGCACGGUCAGGUCUAAAAAAGCUAACAAAAACAUUUAACAAUGGAGUCUAACGGGUUUCAUAAUCAUUCCACUUUAAUAACUCUUACGCAAUGGAAGGCUUAGUGUGUAGUAUCAAGGGAUGUUUUUACAAGUGGAGCCGUAUUUAGACAAAAUACGUGGCGUCAAAGUAUGAGGCGAGUAAACAUAUCCCACGAUAGUACAUUCUGAACAGUUUAACAAGAUAUUUAUUUUUUCCACUUAGAUUGGACGAUGUACAGUAGAACUUCAUAGAUUUGCACUCGUACUUGUAACGAAAAUUCGUGACAUGAUACAAACGUCACUCCUGUACAAGUCCAGUUUUGCUUGCCUUUUCGACGUUUUUGUUGUUUGGUAAAGUCUUCGGUCCCAUUUGCUAGCAAAACACCGGUGAAAUAAUUUAUAAAGCUUAUAAUGGCCUUGCGGUUUUCGCGUAUAACUGCCAUCCGAAAAGAAAGAAAAAGAAAAAGGUUACAAAGGAAAGAAAGAAUCAUCCGCCAAAUGAGUUUUAGAAAAAAAAACAGGGAAGCAAAAUGAACGGAUUUUGUCUUACACAGGGUUAUCGCUUUAACGCGUUGGCGCUACACCCCCGGUCUACCCAAACCUCCCUUUCAAUGCUACCACCACUCCCCUCCCUUCCCCUCUAGGGUUACCUCCUGCCGAUUGUAAUAUGAGCAAUAGACAUUUUCAAGUUCCUUUAAACAAUUUUGCAAGGCUAGGGUAAAUAGGUUGAUUUGGUAAUGAUCUGUAUAUCCUACCCUUAGAAGUCUCGUCCCUCUCCUCCUUGUGUGAGCUCACCGAAAGGCAAUGCAGGAAAAAUCUCUUCACAGUAAAUUUGACAUGAGAAAAUGAUCACUUGAUUCAACGUCGUUCUCGGUUAGAGGUUAAUGGAUCUAAAUGUCCCAAUUAUAUCACAAUCGUCAUAGCCUAUAAUCAUCGUCAUCAUCAUUAUCAUCACCAUCAUCAUCAUCAUCGUCAUAUUAUUAUUAUCAUUAUUAUUAUUAUUAUUAUUUCCAAUAGGAGGCUAGUUGAAAAAGUGCAGGCCAACCCUUACGCCCGAAUGAGCUUCGAUUACGUGGCUUUGUGGACAGACACAGAGAGUGUGUUUCUCGCGCUGGUCAUCUUCCUGGCAACAAUGAAAUUCUUGCGCAUCUUAAAGUUUAAUAAGCACAUCUCCAUAGUAACCAAGAGCAUGGCAAUUUCUAAAGGACCACUGCUUUCCUAUUCCGUUUGCUUUGUGGUGGCUCUCUUGGGAUUUGCUACGUUUGGUAACAUCACCUUUGGCUCCUCAGCGUACAUGUUUUCCACAUUUCCAAGAUCGAUCGUUAAUUCGUUCGAAAUGAUUCUUGGUAAAGGUGAGAAAAAACUUCGAUUCAACACUGGACGAAAAAUAGAGUUACAUCAAAUUUGUUUUCGUCCUUACUAGCGACUCUACCAUGUACGCGUACAAAAAGGGGCUUUAAGAUCCAUAGGCGCGACCGCAACGAGAACGUCAAAAAAAAAAAAACAACAGGUUUAAAAAGCAAAACACGUGCAUGAUACUUUUUUGUACAUUUGUUUGCCGUUUUUGCACGACUACGAUGUAAAACGCCUAAUUUUUGCGUUUUAUGGAGAACGUAAAUAAACAACGACGAAAUUUUAUUUCUCUUUCUGAACUUGGAUAAGAUCCCUUGGAAUUCAACUUCUUCACUUUUUAAGCGACGUUCUCGUUGCCGUCGCGCCGUUGGAUCUUAAAGUCCCUGUUCACCAAUAGAGCGUUUUCACUCACGUGGCCAGCAUAUAUGCAGAUUUUUGCAGAAGAAAGCGUCUACAUAAGAAAAGAGUUCAACUUCCACAGGAUUGGUUUGGGACACCAACAUGGCCGCCGUGACGUAAUGUGAAAACAUUCUAUAGCGACGCAACCAUAAGCGUAAGAAUAACAUGGUCCUCACUAGCGACGCAAGCAUUAACAUAAACAUGAACAUAAGGAGCUAAUGAGCUAAAGAGGAAGGCCUUGACAUCCCAAUCAGACUCAAAUAAACCCUAAACAGUGAAAAGUUUAUCGAUAUCAAAACCUUUGCCAUUCUUCAUUUAUUGUUUUGUUGCUUAUUUGCUGAAAAUGGUGAAAAUUUAAUAAGCGCCCAGCCUCGAAUAAGCGCCCACCUCGAAUAAGCGCCCACUCUCAAGGUCCAAAAAUUUAAUAAGCGCCCAGGGCGGUUAAUCGAAUAAAUACGGUAAGGAGCUAAUGAGCUAAAGAGGAAGGCCUUGACAUAAGUGUAACCCUAAACACAAAUGUUAUCGAUAUCAAAACCUGCCAUUCUUCUUAUGCUUAUGCUUAUUAUAUGUCAAGGCCGUCUUUAUUAGCGCAUGCCCAUAAGCUGGUUAUGCAUACUUAGUAGGCUUGUCCUUGCAUCGCACUUUUGAAAAUGGAUAAGGCCGGUUGGGAUGACUUAAUUCCAUCAGUAUAAAUUCUAAAGGAAUAAACCAAUGACGAAAUAACUAGCUAUGUCUUUCAUGUGCUUUUCUUGUUAUUGUCUUUCCCUUUUAGGUACCAACUAUGACGAGCUGGAGUCCAUCAACCGUUUCCUUGGGCCAUUUUUUUUCUUCACGUAUUUUCUCGUUACGACGCUCAUCUUGAUGAAUUUCUUUGUGGCCAUACUCAAUGACUCUUUCACCGACGCUAGAGAAAUUCUUGAAGCGGAGUCCACAGGGGAAAAUAUGUCGGACUUCAUUGAAGAAUACGCCAAAGACAAGCUGAAGGAAAUAUCAGACGAACUACGAGCAAUGAUUGGCGGAAGAGAGACGAAUAACGCUGCCAGUAAUGACAAGCGCAAGAAAAACAAAACAUGGGAAAGGGAUUUCUUUUUGUACUAG